AUGUCACAUCAAAAUCAACUUAGGAAAUCGAAAUUAAUGAUACUAUUACUAACAAAGGUUGCCUGCCGUGUUGGAUCGAUCAGAAACUUCAACUCCGCCCGAUCUUCACGCAAAGCUCUCUCUAAGUCUGAUACGUUGCUCUUCUAGAUCUGCAAAUUCCAUUCCAAAACCAAUCAACAAAUCAUUCCCACUUUCAAUCCAACCAAACUUCACUUCUUGUUGUAACACUUGUGUCUUUCACCGUUUCCGAAAGCCGCAAAACUUUCAAGUAACCAAAGGUUACAUUUUUUGCAUACCCAAGAGAAAUUUUUUGAUUUUUAGCAUGUGAGUAAUAAUGGGUUCUGGAAAUUUAUCACCAUCUUCUUCUGGGCACAUUGAUAUGACAAUCUCAGGGCUUCAUGAGAAGCACAAAAUGGAGCUAGAAAAUUUGACUUUAACCACACAACCUUUCAAAACAUUGAAAUACUCCACAUUGGCAGUUAUUCAAUACAUAAAGAAAACGAUGUUGUAUAUAUUGGCAAAAGGGGGGUGGCUUAUGCUUUUCAGUGUUGCGGUAGGGACUCUUGGCGUAGUGCUGGUGACCCUCGGUUGCCUUCAUGAAAAGCAUCUUGAGGAGUUUCUUGAAUAUUUCCGCUUUGGACUAUGGUGGGUGGCCCUUGGGGUUGCAUCUUCAAUUGGUCUCGGAUCUGGUUUGCACACAUUUGUUCUAUAUUUGGGUCCCCACAUAGCGCUGUUUACAAUAAAAGCAAUGCAAUGUGGCCGAGUUGAUUUGAAAAGUGCUCCGUACGAUACAAUACAGUUAAAAAGAGGUCCUUCAUGGCUUGAUAAAAAUUGUUCUGAAUUUGGGCCACCAUCAUUCCAGUCAGAAUAUGGUACACGGGUUCCACUUAGCAGCAUUUUGCCUCAAAUUCAGAUGGAGGCUGUUCUGUGGGGUUUGGGUACGGCUAUAGGGGAGCUUCCUCCGUACUUUAUCUCCAGGGCAGCACGCUUGUCUGGAAACAGAAUGGAUGCCAUGGAAGAGUUAGAUGGUGACGAUAAAGGAGUCUUGAAUCAAAUCAAGUGCUGGUUUUUUUCACACACACAGCAUUUGAAUUUCUUUACCAUUCUGGUGCUUGCGUCGGUGCCAAAUCCUCUAUUUGACCUUGCUGGCAUCAUGUGUGGACAAUUUGGUAUUCCAUUUUGGAAUUUCUUUCUUGCAACCAUGAUUGGAAAAGCAGUUAUUAAAGCUCACAUACAGACGGUAUUUAUCAUCACAGUUUGCAAUAAUCAACUUCUAGACUGGAUAGAGAAUGAAUUUAUCUGGGUUGUCAGCCAUAUACCCGGUUUUGCUUCCGUAUUGCCUAAAUUGAUUGCUAAUCUCCAUGCAAUGAAAGAUAAGUAUCUGAAAGCACCUCAUCCAGUUUCCCCAAAUAUUCAGGUGAAAAAGUGGGAUUUCUCUUUUACUUCAAUCUGGAAUACUGUGGUGUGGCUCAUGCUCGUGAACUUCUUUGUGAAGAUAGUAAAUUCAACCGCACAGACAUAUCUAAAGAAACAGCAGGAGAGCGAGCUAGCCGCAUUAACGAAAAAGACGGAUUCCUGAAGCAUUAUUAUUUUCGUGGUUCGUCCAGCAAGGUCAAAGUUGACGCUAUUCCUGAAGCUCCCAUGUUAGUUAGUCCAAAAGCUCUACCUUAGAGCUACACUCGAGUGCUUCUAUAGUAAGGAAUACACACGGUAGGUAACACAAGUUGCCACUUUUAUUUCAAGAGUGUAACUUGGGAGCAACCAUUGUUUGGAUAUUAAUUAGAUUUAUAGAUUAUAAUUUAACCACAUAUUAGCUACCGUCACAUUUUGGAAUCAUGGGAUUCCUACUAUUCUUUUGCAAUGGCAAGACAAAUUAUUAGCUCCUUUAUUUAUACUAAAGAUUGUUCCCUCUCAUUUAACAACAUCCAGAACUGUCAUCAUUCCGAUGUUCAUUCUACUGUUGGGAUCGUAGACACUGUGAUUCCAUCUUUUACGAAUAAGUUUCAUGUAUAUUUGAUUCACUUUUGUGAGAAGCAAAAGUUAUUUUAGAAUUGUUGUUUAGAUGUGA